CUGGUUUUGUUUUUCGUGUAUUCACAAGAACAAGUAAAGCCCGAAGCCAGUUCUUGGGAUCUGAUUCGGGCCGACAGAAAGAAGACAUUGCGUGGAGUUAAGACCGUCAAAGGGUUCAAAUCCCGAGGUUCUUCUUUUGGACAUACUCUGUUGUGUCUGGUCUUGUCGUUUGUUGUCUGGACUUUUAGGACUUUAUCUCCUCUAGUUUUGGAGCAUUCUCGGGAUUCGGGCCCGGGUUUCCUCAGUCCAAAUUCUUGCUCCUACUUCUUUUACAGACACAGGCUUUCCACUUCCGGAGGGCCAGAUCGAAGUAGUCUACUCGGCCCGAUCAGUGGGAUUUUUGGAAAUUUCCAAGGUCUCAGAUUGAAUCAGGAGAGUAUGAAUUCUUUCCCACAUGUUCCUCCGGGCUUCCGGUUCCAUCCCACUGACGAAGAACUCGUCGAUUAUUACCUCAGGAGGAAGGUUACAUCACGACGUAUCGACCUAGACGUAAUCAAAGACGUUGAUCUUUACAAAAUUGAGCCUUGGGAUCUUCAAGAGCUAUGCAGAUUAGGAACAGAAGAGCAAAACGAGUGGUACUUUUUUAGCCACAAGGACAAGAAAUACCCGACCGGAACACGCACGAAUAGAGCGACAGCAGCAGGGUUCUGGAAAGCCACGGGCCGGGACAAGGCUAUUUAUUCGAAACACGACUUAAUUGGGAUGAGGAAAACGUUGGUGUUUUACAAAGGAAGAGCUCCUAAUGGCCAGAAAUCAGAUUGGAUUAUGCACGAAUAUCGACUCGAGACAGACGAAAACGGAGCUCCUCAGGAAGAAGGAUGGGUAGUGUGCAGGGUUUUCAAGAAAAGAAUAGCCAGCACGCAGAAACUCAGCGAACACGAUUCACCCAUUUGGUACGACGAUCAUGUCUCCUUCAUGCCGGAAAUGGAAUCCCCAAAGCAGCAUUCUUAUACCAAUAACCUACCGUGCAAUUUUGCGUAUACGUCGCCUUCUUGCAAGAAGGAGAUGAGCUGUUUGCAGUACGGGAGUAGUAUCCCACAUGCUGAUCAUAAUCAAUUUCUUCAACUUCCCCUUCUAGAAAGCCCGAAAGUGCUGCAGCCACAAUUGCCGUUCCAUAUGCAGUCAUCGUCACGGCACGUUCACCAAACCCUUGAUCAGAAUUUUCAGUCAGUGUUGAGAAACAACAAUAUUAGUGAUCAACAGCUCGAUGAUCAGGUGACGACGGAUUGGAGGGUGCUCGACAAGUUCGUGGCGUCUCAGCUCAGCCAGGAGGAAAUUACAAAGGAAAUAAGUAGUGAUGCAUAUCCAGCCAGCGAACAUCACUCCAACCUCAUUGUCAGAAACUUGGACAAGCAAGAAAUAUUGGGACAGGAAAACGCCUCAACGUCGUCUUCCAGUUGUCAGAUUGAUCUGUGGAAGUGAAUUUUGCCAAGCAAAGCAAGACUGUGUGCAUGAUAUGGGAUGGAGAUGGGUGUGGGGAGUGCAUAUCAUUAUACAGUUUCUUGUAAAUAAUAAAAAUCUUGAAAAUAUGACUUAACUAUUGAUCAUGGGAUUAAUUAUUUGUACCUUGCGCCGUCCGGCCUCUUGGAAUUAAUUAAAUUAAGAGGCCAAAAAACUAUAGUAAAGAUGUUGUAAGAUAUAUAAAGUGAUGGAAUCAAACUGCAUGAGAGGCUGGAAGAGCAGAUCGACCAAUCAAUCGAUCCAUCCUUGUAAUGUUUGUGUUAUUAAUGGACAGUAAGAUCAAGAUAUCUGUAUCCCAUUUUGUAAUGUAAAAUCUCUUUUGAUUAAUUGGGAAAUCAUCAUCAGGGUUAAAUUGUCAUCAAGAAUUAUAUUUUCAUCAAGAAUUUGUCAAGUACGUACGUAGUACAAUGCUUUGUGCUGUUCGGACAAAUAACUUCUGCAAGACGGACACAAGUGUUCCUGUAUGAGGCUUUUAUAAAAAAAUAGGUCAAAUACCGAAUAUGACAGUCUAGUUUUUGAUCAAUUCUUAAGAGCUCCAAACUGUAAUACUAUGUAAUGUCUUGGUGAAAUUUAGAGCAGCGAAUGCAGUAUAUGUUUGUUCAUCUAGUGUCUUUACUCCUUGAUUUGAUCUACAACAAAUUAUGCCAAGGUACAGUUAAGAAUUUAAAAUUUUUGUGAUGUCAAAAUUAAAAUUAGAAAUGAAAUAUUUACUCGCUAUAAUUAGAAAAGCUGGUCUUGGCAACAAAUAUUUUUCAGUAAAAUUUCUAGAAAAAGCAGCAAUAAAACAAUUCUUACCCAAAUCAAGUUGGGUGGAACCAGUUAAAUCAAUCACGGAUUUAUAAAAAGUGAUUGGUCACUUUUCUCUAAACUAUACACCAAUCAAUACACCACAUAUAUAUUGCACUUAUCACACAAUGAAUUCACUUUUAGCUAAACUGGAUUUGGAUUAAAAUAUGCUGAGAGAAAUUGGGUUUAAUUUUGGGGUGCGUCCAGACAACAAAUUAAAUAGCUUGACUUGGAAGUCCAGGAUAUAGAGUGGCAUUGAUUCCCUGUCUUGGCAGCUGGAAUAAUGGUCCAUUCAAAAGCUUUUCUUCUCCUUUACACAUAAGUUAUAUAACUAAACUUGAAGUAGUGGUAAAGCCUACAAAUUCUCAAACAGAGAGACAACUAUGUACAUACAAAAAUGGUCCUGCACUCUCUACCUACUGUAUAUAUAUUACUAAAAGGAGACUCCAUCUUUACCGGAUGACAACUCAAAUUAUACGUACACACACUUGAAAGUUUUAUCAGGUUUGUGCUUAAAAAGAAGUCUUGAAACCUCAGCUGAAAUUCCUUGUCAGUAAUCGAAUUCGAUGUGAGAUGACAGUAUAUAUACGUUCACUGUGCGUAAGGAUAUAUAUUAUUGCUUGUGCUUUUCACAGAAGUUGACAAAAAUUUUCAGAAGAAAUGUGGUUAAAAAGGAAGGGAAUGAGAUGCGGAAAGAACGUUCAAUGGAACUGUAAAGUGAAAGAAUGAGAUGAUGUGAUGCGAUAGACCGGUGAAGAGGAUAACUAAUAGUUUCUUGCAUGAAAGAAGCUCUUUUCUGUUCAUUACAUUUAUGUUGAAAGUUUAGCACAUAAAUACCACUACUGCGAGACAAUAUAUAUAUAUAUGUGUGUGUGUGUGGAAAUUAAAUACUUUGGUGAAAGAGUGCGUGAACAAUUAGAACACCAGAAAGUUAAACUACGUACAUUACCAGCAUUGGGGGCCUUCUCAGGGAACCUGGAAUUUCCAGUUUCUUGCAUUGAUGAACAUGAACUCCACAGACAGACAGCAGACAUCAACGAAUUACAACA